AUGGCACGGAUUGAGAAUGGUCGGCAGCAGUUGGACGCCGUGAGCAUUCACACUGUUGGAAGUCAGUUUGAUGAAGAAAGUUCUUUUGGUUCUGACUCCGAGAUCAACGGCUUCGUCUCAGACCGACACACGGAUAAAUAUGGAUUCAUUGGAGGCGCCCAAAAAUACUCUACCGAAAAGACGCCCCCGGAGGUGCUGAGGCAGAGGGAGGUGAAGUGGCUGGACAUGCUCAACCACUGGGACCGCUGGCUCUUCAAGAGGCACAAGAAGGUGAGGUUGCGCUGUCAGAAGGGCAUCCCCCCCUCGUUGCGUGGCAGGGCGUGGCUCUACCUGUCGGGUGGCAAAGUGAAGAAAGAGCAGAACAAGGGCAAGUUCAAGGAGCUUGACAGCAUGCAGGGAGACCCCAAGUGGAUGGACGUCAUUGAGAGAGACUUGCACCGGCAGUUCCCCUUCCACGAGAUGUUCGUUUCACGAGGAGGUCAUGGGCAGCAGGAUCUGCUGCGUGUGUUGAAGGCCUACACGCUGUAUCGUCCAGACGAGGGCUACUGCCAGGCUCAGGCUCCCAUCGCUGCAGUACUGCUGAUGCACAUGCCAGCAGAGGAGGCUUUCUGGUGCCUGGUCCAGAUCUGUGAGCGGUACCUGCCAGGUUACUACAGCGCUGGACUGGAGGCCAUCCAGCUGGAUGGGGAGAUCCUGUAUGCGUUGCUGAAGCGAGUGUGUCCAGUGGCUUACCGGCACCUGGACAAGCACAAGAUCGAGCCGAUCCUCUACAUGACAGAGUGGUUCAUGUGCGCCUUCUCCCGCACACUGCCCUGGGCCUCCGUGCUGCGCGUCUGGGACAUGUUCCUGUGUGAUGGAGUGAAGAUCAUCUUCCGUGUUGGGCUGGUGCUGCUGCGCAGUAUGCUGGGGACCAAGGACAAGCUGAAGGCCUCUCAGGGCCAAUACGAGACCAUGGAGCUGCUGAGAGCCAUCGAGCCUCGCUACAUGCAGGAGGGAUACCUGGUGCACCAGGUGUUGGAGUGUCCGGUGUCGGUGCGGGACGUGGAGCGGGAGCAUCACGUGCAGCUGAAGCGCUGGCGUAAGAAGCAUGGCGAGCUGAGCUACAAGUCGGCUCCCAGGAUGCACGGCGCUCUGGCCGUCAUGGCCGCUGAGCCGCACAGCCGGCAGGACCUCUACCAGAACCCCACCAUCGUGGUGCAGUCUCCGCUGGACCCCUCGGCCGGCACGCCCACGCUCACACGCGCCGCCAAGAAGAGGGCCACCCUCCGCAAGAGCCCCAAGCCCAUCCCCGACGUCCCCAACCCCUACGCGCUGCCCUCCGACCCCCGGCUGACCCCUGCGCCGCCCCCCCCUCCAGAAGCCAGGACGCAGCCCGAGGGAGCGGCCGAUGCCCCGCCUGCUGACCAGGCGCCGCCGCUCUUGCCCCCCUCCGCUGCCCCCACGCGCUGCCCCUCUCCGCCCCACCCGCCCAUGUUCUACCAGCCGCCUCCGCAGCAGCCAAUCAGCAGUCAGCCCUCGCCCUCGCUGCAGCCAAUGAGCAGCCAGCAUUCGCCCCCACAGCAGCUGCAGGCCAACGGCCAGCCCUCGGUGCAGCAGCAGCAGCCAAUAGGCAGUCCACCUUCGCCACCACAACAGCCAAUCACAACGCAGCCUCAGCGCCAGCACCCGCCCAUGUUCUACCAGCCUCCGCCGCAGCCAAUCCCAGAGAGCCCUGCAACACAGCCAAUCCCUGAGAGCCCUGCAACACAGCCGCAGCCAAUCCCAGAGAGCCCUGCAACACAGCCAAUCCCAGAGAGCCCUGCAACACAGCCGCAGCCAAUCCCAGAGAGCCCUGCAACACAGCCAAUAACAGAGAGCCCUGCAACACAGCCAAUAACAGAGAGCCCUGCAACACAGCCAAUCCCAGAAAGCCCUGCAACACAGCCAAUAACAGAGAGCCCUGCAACACAGCCAAUCCCAGAGAGCCCUGCAACACAGCCGCAGCCAAUCCCAGAGAGCCCUGCAACACAGCCAAUCCCAGAGAGCCCUGCAACACAGCCGCAGCCAAUCCCAGAGAGCCCUGCAACAGAGCCAAUCCCAGAGAGCCCUGCAACACAGCCGCAGCCAAUCCCAGAGAGCCCUGCAACACAGCCAAUCCCAGAGAGCCCUGCAACAGAGCUCCAGCCGCUUCCUCCAGCCCCCAGCCAGACCCCGCCUCCACCACAGGGCCUGCAGCCAAUCACAGAGUGCCUUCCACAGCAAGAGCCAAUCAGCGAGCCCGACGCAGCCUCUGUGCUGCAGGUGACCCCUGACCCCGGCACCCCCAUUAGUGACUCACCUGACGACCCCUCGGACCUCCCUGCGCUGGACCAUCAGGCCCCGCCCCCACCCAGCACAGACCACACCCCCUGUGACAAUACCCCGCCCCCACCCAGCACAGACCCCACCCCAUUUGAUCAGGCCACUCCCUCCUUGCUCCACGCCUCCACUGAGAGUGUGGAGUCAGAGGAUACCUACCUGUAGCCCCUACAGAGCACACACACACACCUGUAGCCCCUACAGAGCACACACACACACACCUGUAGCCCCUGCAGAGCACAC